CUUUAAGAUACUACUUAGUAGUAAGUACUCUCGUCUCCACCGGGUUUCGUACGACGUCUGCCCAAAGUGUGCUACGUCUGUCGAAAUACUCACGAAGUUCGUCGGUUUACCCAUAAAGAAAGGAUAUUCUAUACAGUAGUAUCCGCACAAGCAGUCAUCGAAGGACAUGGCAAACCAAGAUGAAGAUUCAGUGAUUUCAACACUGACAGGAUUCUCUUUGAAUAGUGUUCUGUCAGGCCUAUCCCUCUCUACAGGCGAUCUUCCCAACAGCCUUGGUAUUUCCGGGUUGACUUCCUUGGACGUUAAACAGAUUUACAACGACAAGUGGGACGACGACGCCGUCGGUGCAGAUCAGGGAGAGGACUUCGAGGAUGAAGUGGACAAGGAGUUUGAAACCGAAAUGCCGGAAGACUUUGUCAAAAUGGAGGUUCAAUCCCCUAUUGGCAUGCGUCCUAUGGAGAAGCGCGUUAGGGUAGUGAAGCGGCUGGUGGAGAGGCCAAAGACCGUUUAUGAACGCUUUCCAGCCUUCGAGAAGGACAAGGUCCUUGACUUCUCAGAGUUGUUCAAAGGGUACACAGUCAAGAAAUCAAGGAUAACAAAGAGGCCUUUACAGGCUGAGAGUAUCUACCCCCGGAAACGCGAUAUUCCAAGAGGUUUCCUUGAUACCGUAGUCGGUGAUACCAAGCGGCAGGUCGAGAACAAGCGCGUGGAGGAGGUCAUGUCCGCGGGCAGCAUCGAACAUGACUUGCUGCGUGCUCUCGAGGAACGGGAAAAAUCAGACGUGCCCGUCACUCUUCCUUUGCACGACAGAAGUUUUGAUUUGGUGCUGCUAUCUAAUUGGGAGGAUGAGAUUGUGUAUGGGCCAAGCCACACGGCCACGCUGUCCACCCUGGAAGAUAAUAAUCUCACUACUCCGGUCAACAAAGCUCUGGAGUCGGGUGCUUGGACGCAGAGCAUUAUCUGGAGCCGAAAUGCCCCUUUCCGCGAUUUCAUUCAACUAGAACUUAACGAAGAAGAUAUCGCAGAAGAGCAUCCUCAAGAGACCGUCAGACCGAAAAAGCGCAUUAGAGCACAUGAUGCUCAAAUCCGCGAUAAAUUUAACCUGUCUAACGACCACUUUUACGAGGUGUCGAAAGAAGGUGGCCGUCACCGUGUGCGCCAGACAUUUGGACAACUUGUUGUCGAGCAUGCCUAUCCCGCUCAGAAGCUCCAACUUCCAUUUUACAAGACGAGGCUUUCAAAGCAGGAAGCCCGCUCCUUCCACCGGCCCGCCUUACAGUUUCCAACCAAUAUUGAUAUCCGCUUUAGCAAGGUGCGCACGGCGAAGAAGAAAAAGGACAAAGCGGGCCGCAAGGUCGGUAAGGGUGGCAAUAUCGGUGAGGGAUUACAUCGCACGACCGACUUGAGCCUCAAGGACACCAGUAAUUUCGUCCUAUGGGAGUAUUCCGAAGAACAUCCGCCAAUUGUGCCAAACUUCGGUAUGGGUAGCGCGCUGGUAAACUACUAUCGUAAGAAAGACGAGAAGGACGACUACAUGCCGAAGCUUGACCUUGGGGUACCGUUUGUCCUCGAGCCACAAGAUGAGUCGCCUUUCAUGAAGUUUGGCUAUGUCUAUCCUGGCCAAACAUUCCCGGCACUGUACAACAAUCUCGUGCGGGCGCCACUUUUCCGCCACAAAUCCUAUCCCACAGACUUCCUGGCUGUUAGGAGCACCACAAAAGGCGAGACACGAUACUACUUGCGUGAGAUCAAGAACCUGUUCGUGAUCGGGCAGACGUACCCUGUUACCGAGGUACCAGGGCCGCACUCUCGGAAGAUCACCAACACCAUCAAGUAUCGCUUACAAAUAAUUGCCUUCAAACUCCUGAAGAAGAGCAGUGAGGAGCGGCUAAAAAUAUCAAGAUUGAUGAAGUACUUUCCCGAUCAAAAUGAACUCCAGAUGCGGCAAAGGCUAAAGGAGUUCAUGGAAUAUCACAGACGCGGUCCUCAUCAAGGUUUUUGGCGUCUCAAAUCUACCGUAACCAUCCCUAGUGAUGCGGAUAUGCUGAAGAUGGUAGGUCCCGAGCAAGUCGUGUUGAUGGAGAGCAUGCAAGUCGGGCAACGCCAUCUCCAAGACUCUGGCUAUACUCAAACCGCUGAAACUGCGGAGGAUGACGAAGGCGAGACGAAGCUUUCCGUUGAACAACAACUGGCUCCUUGGAUCACGACAAAGAAUUUCCUGUUUGCUACCCAGGCUAAAGCCAUGCUUCGGUUGCAUGGUGAAGGUGACCCUACUGGGCGCGGAGAAGCCUUUAGCUUCAUCCGCAUCUCCAUGAAGGAUAUUUUUGUGAAAGCAGGCGAAGAUUAUGAACAGAAGCUUGCCGAGGCAGAUAAUAGACCGAAGUCCGCGCACCGUUAUAAUGUUGCCGAACAGCAGCAGAUUUAUAAAUCCGAGAUCGAGCGGAUAUGGAAAGCUCAGUUCGAUUCAUUGAGCAGGAAGGACGAACCACAAUUAUCGGAGGAAGAUGAAGUCCCUGCUCCUGUUGAAGUCAAGAAAUUACAACGGCAAGCUUCGCUCAGGAAUGAGACACCCUUCUCUCCUGCGAUGUCACCAGCACCGAUCGGUCCUGGCCCUGCAUCACCCGCUUUCAGCCGCGGCUCUUCGUUGGAACGGGAGCGGGAGAUGAGUUUGGGACCGAAUGACAGUCGUAAAGUUCUCCGGAUUAAGCGACUGGCCGAUGAGGAAUGGCAGACGGAAAUCAUCCGUGAUCCUGCCGUCAUACGUGCUUAUGUGCGUGCCAGGCAAUUAUUGGAGGAAGAGGCCACGCUUGCCGAUAAUCUCGCACCUACGGGUGACGUGGACAAGGACAAGAGGUACAAGAAACGGUUGGAGGAACAGAUAGCACGGAUGAAAAAGAACCAAGAGCGGCGUCUGCAUCGUAAGAACGCCAAAAUUGUCAAGGAAGGUGGCACCCCAAUGCAACUCAGCCGGCCGCUCAAACCAGAUACAACCAGACGCUGUGGUCAUUGUGGUCAGAUGGGCCACAUGAAAACUAACCGUAAAUGUCCUCGUUGGGCAGAGUUCAACAGUGGAACGGCACCUGUACCUGCCACUCCUACAUCCGUAACAAGUCCACCGCCCAACUCCGCCGGGAUGUCUAGUUUAAGUGGGUUUAACAGAGCUAAUGGGGCCCUUGGUUUUGGUGCACCGGUUCCUUCCCCAUUGGCGACUAGUCCCCCAGUAUCUGCAAUGGAAGAUGUAGAUCUGGGGGUACCUGGUACACCUUCAGGUUCCGCUCCAAAGAUAAAACUAACGCUCAAGAGAUCAUAACGUGUCUCGUGUACUGCCGAUUGUUUGCCU